GAAAAGAAGAGUGAAAGCGGUAGAGAACGGGAAUGUAUGGAGAUGGAACGUGGUCACGGUGCGGCUCCCUCGGCCGUUGCGUGCGCGUGUGUUUCGCGGUGUCGUUAUCGAGCAUUAUCGAAAUUUCUUUCAUUACUCAUCGUCGAUACACCGAUUGGCCCUGGUAAACAGCCCGAGCAGCAGCCGUGUUUUCUUGCUCCUCUCUAAAAACUGAUAGACAGACGUCCCGUCAUCCGUUCGCGAAUGAUCCUCCGUGUCCCACGGCGCGGCGCAACAGCUCCGUCUGCGUUCGCCAAAGUCGACGGUCGUCGAUUUUUGGAAUCAUCUACGGUACCAGAGACCCGUCGAGAACACGCGGCAGCUGAGUGCUUGCGAUCCGAUAACACACCGUGAACGUGUACAGUGUCGAUAAUGAGCAAGACGGUGCAUUACGCUUUAGUGGCUUUCUGGGAAAAGUCUGGCUGCAAGAUCAUCGCUGAUUACCCUGCGAAACAGGACCCGGCUUACAGAGCGAUCGCAUUGAGCACGGUGGACGGUCUGAAGUCGCUGGAGAACGAUAAGAUCAGCCUCGAUCGGGGCAAAUACACCGUGCACGUGUUGAUAGGAGAGUUACACUAUGCCUGUUUAACAUCGAAACCAGAUUGCCCCUCGUCUGCCGCGAAAUUGGAAUCCUGUUCCCAGGUGUUUUUGGAAAGGUUGCGAAGCAUUUACAUGGAACUACCAAUAUUAGCGGAUCUCUCGAGAGACCUGUCCAAUCUUGCUGUGAUUGACCUCUCGAAACCGUUGAAAAAGAUAGUGGAGGAAUACAAUCGACAAGAGAUCGAUAUUAUUCCGAAAUUGGAAGGGGAACUUGCGGAGAUUCGAAAGACGUUGAUGGAUGGAGUUCAAAAGCUCAUCGACAGGGGUCAAAGGCUGGAUGACCUUGUACGAAAAACUCAGAGCUUGCAAAUCAUGACAGAAAGGUGGGAUUCGAUGGCAUCAGUGGCGGAAUUCAUACCGGACCCCAUCGAUCUCGAGGAGGAUAUCAAACGCAGGGACGAUCUAGCGGAAUCAACCAGACGUGAAAAAUAUAUCGCAGCUCGCAAAAUACAGGCUUGGAUCCGCGGUAUCCUCACUCGCAAUCAUUUGCGACUACUGCACAAAAGCGCGAUCAUCGUUCAACGCCAUUGGAGGGGUCAUCGAACCCGGGUCGCCGUUGACCUGUACUUGGUUGAACAUGUCCAUCAGUUAUGGCAGAAUUAUUACGACGAAAUGGCGACAAGGAUCCAAGCUAUUUGGCGGGGUUAUUGGGUCAGAAAAACCGUACUCGAUAUUCCUAAAAUGCGGCGCUGGUUGAAAAGCGUUUACGCGAAGAAUCAAGAAACUGUGGAAAAUAUGAGAAAGUUCAGGUAUGAUGUAAUUAAGUACGAAGAAGCUGUCAUGGAACAUGAAUCGAUGCAAUGUAUAUUGUUCAUCCUCUUCAAACUGCAUCAUUUAUUAAGAACACAUGAACGUCCAGGUGUGAUCACCAGGAUAGACAAAACACGUUUCACCUUCAUCGAGCAGAUGCUGAAGUGUUUCGAAUACAGAAGAUACGCAGGAAGAAAGAGAAGAACCUGUCGUGAUUGUCAAAUAGAUCGUAAACCAACGUUACUCUUACAAGGAACUUACUACGAAAGGUGUGAGAAAGAAAUUCGAGAAAUUGAGAGGAGUAUCCGAAUUGGAAAGACGCCAGUCUCUAGAAGUAGACCGUACGAGGAAGAUGAGAAAAUCCAACGAAAAUGGAACCAACUAGAUCUCGAGGCUUCGAUACACGAGAAAUACUUAAGAAAUUCAACGUGCAAUAUAGAAAUGAAAGAAGUACAAAAGAAAGACUCCUGUAAUUUAAAAAUUGAAAUUCCUUGCACUGGAGCGAAGGAUCUUUACAAAGAAAUUGAGAAAAUGGAUUGUCAUUUGAAUCAACUUCGUCUGAGGUGUCCAAUUCACGAACCAUCAUCUGCAUGUUCUACCACUAAAGGUAAACAUUAAUACAGAGAAUUAAGAAGAAGUUACCAAACUAACAUAAAUGUAUAUCUUAUCAUUUUUAAAUGAUGUAGAAGAAAAUAGAAAAGAAAGGUUAUUGAAAACAAUC